UUGACAGCCGGGCCUGCAUUUUUUUUUCUUUCGUUUUUGCAAAGCCUUGCAGAGGGGGCUUCUGCUGCCAUGGCUGCGAUUGCGAAGGCCCUGUUACCCCAUUACCAGCAGUCGGGACUGGAGACUAACCUCAGCAGGGUCAGCUUUCUGGGGGCUCGGAUACCCGCAGAGGUGGAAGCGAUGGCCAGGAGCGUUCGGGAGCUGGACAAGGAAACCUUUCGCAAACUCCUCAAAGUCACUGUCAGCGCCUUAGAAGGAAAAGACUGCAAAGAACUGGUAAAAGUGAUUUCCGAGAAUGCAAAACUAUCAGAUGAACAGCUUGCUGUCCUCAUCUCUGGAAUGUAUACUCUCCUGCGAGAGGCCUUGAGGCUGCCCACAUCUUCUCUGAAGCAAGAAGUUUUUAAAGAAGACCUACAGGAGCUCAGGAUUCCAGAAGAUUUCAUUGUGGACUUCGCCACUGUAGUCUUUGGAAACAGGCAACCUGCUCUUGAAGAGGCCAUUCAGAAGCAAGCUAGUAAGCUGCCUAGAAUCGAAGACUUCAAGUGGAGGGUAGAUGUGGCCAUUUCUACCAGCUCAUUGGCUCGGGCUUUGCAGCCAUCCAUUUUAAUGCAACUGAAGCUCUCUGACGGGUCAGCUCAUCGCUUUGAAGUGCCAGCUGGAAAAUUCCAAGAAUUAAGGUACAAUGUUGCUCUGAUCCUGAAGGAGAUGAAUGACCUGGAGAAAAGGAGUGUUCUGAAAAUUCAGGACUGAACCCUUUCUGAUUAAAUUAUUGGGGCUUGAAGACAUUAGGAGAACCACACAAGAAACACCAUCAAAAAGAAGUUGCUUCUGUUUUGUAAUCACAUGUAUUGCGACGUCACCCUUCUGAUAAUGUGGCUGUAAAUAUUUUUUCGCCUGUGUAUUAGAAGCAGCUGUUAGAUUGUUGUUAUUUUUCCUUUAAGUUUUACACAUAAAGAUAGCAUUAUCCUCGUUGGAUAA